CAGUGCCGCGCGUACUCACCCGGUACAACCCACACACUCAUUCUCUCUAACCUAACAUGUUAUCAUAAGAGACUCGAAGACGUUAAGGUGAAGUGUUAAGUGACGCGACGAUUAAAUCGAAAGAAGGAAAGUUUCCCGAUGUUAGCGUUAAGAUUAACAUAGACGUUGCUAUGACGAUGCUCGCGAUGGCACGAGGCUCGGAUGAUAGACGCGAAGAUGAGGCGGCGGCGGAGGCAGAAGCAGAGGCCGAGGCCAACGGAGAGGUAGACGUGGUCGGGGUGGAAGAGGCCGCACCGGUGGACCUGACGAGGCGGCUGGGACUGACGCGACCCCCAGACCGGCCGGCGAUAGCUUUCUCCGUGGAGAACAUUCUAGAUCCCAACAAGUUCACGGGCCGGUCAGAUGUCCCUCUUAGAUAUGAUGAUCACUAUUGGAGACCGCAUUAUGAUAGAGACGACAGCGAUUCUGUCAAAGACCAUCUCCAAAACUCGGACAUCGAAGCUGACGAUGUUGAAACCGAUGACCAAACAUCCAAUAUGGAUGAUGACCUUUUGACACAAUCAGACUUGGACGAGAACGGAGACCCAAAGAGUCCCAUUAGUUCCAGUUCCAAGAAGGGAAAGGGAGGAUCCUCCAGGGAUUCUAAAGGGGGUACAAAGCCUCGUAGAGCAAGGACCGCGUUCACAUACGAGCAGCUAGUAUCGUUGGAAAAUAAGUUUAAAACGACUAGAUAUCUGUCCGUGUGUGAACGGCUUAAUCUUGCUUUGAGUUUAAGUUUAACGGAGACACAGGUCAAAAUCUGGUUCCAAAAUCGCCGCACAAAAUGGAAAAAACAGAACCCUGGGAUGGACGUGAACAGCCCUACGGUUCCGCCGCCGCCCGCGGGAGGUUUCCCGUCGGGGCCUUACCCCGGAGGCCUUCUGUACUCCCAUGGGGUCCCUUACCCGUUCACGGGGCCUGGGCCCUAUGCGCCAUACUUCCAUCACUUAGCUGCCAAUCAUCAUCACACUCAUGGCAGUCUGGGGCACUCACACACGUGAUUAUGGCCCCGCCCUGCUGACGCUAGGGUAGACAAAGAGAAUGAAAAUGGACUAUCGACUUAGUG